AUGAGGAGCAUCUUCAAGAGGAACCAGGAGCCCAUGGUGGCCCCCGCCACCACCGCCAUGCCCGCCGGCCCGGUGGACAACUCCACAGAGAGCGGGGGUGCAGGCGAGGGCAAGGAGGACGUGUUUGCCAUGCUCAAGGAGAGGUUCUUCAACGAGAUAGUCAAGCUGCCUCUGCCCCCCUGGGCGCUGAUCGCCAUUGCCGUGGUCACGGGCCUUCUGCUGCUCACCUGCUGCUUCUGCGUCUGCAAGAAGUGCUGCUGCAAGAAGAGGAAGAACAAGAAGGAGAAGAGCAAGGGCGCCAAGAGCGCCAUGAGCAUGAAGGACAUGCGGGGCGGCCAGGAUGACGACGACGCGGAGACGGGUCUGACAGAGGGCGAGGGCGAGGGCGAGGAGGAGAAGGAGCCGGAGAACCUGGGCAAGCUGCAGUUCUCCCUGGACUACGACUUCCAGGCCAACCAGCUCACCGUGGGUGUCCUGCAGGCUGCAGAACUGCCCGCCCUGGACAUGGGCGGCACCUCGGACCCUUAUGUCAAGGUCUUCCUCCUUCCAGACAAGAAGAAGAAAUAUGAGACCAAAGUCCAUCGGAAGACGCUGAACCCUGCCUUCAACGAGACCUUCACCUUCAAGGUGCCAUAUCAGGAGCUGGGGGGCAAGACCCUGGUGAUGGCCAUCUACGACUUUGACCGCUUCUCCAAGCACGACAUCAUCGGCGAGGUGAAGGUGCCCAUGAACACGGUGGACCUGGGGCAGCCCAUCGAGGAAUGGCGGGACCUGCAGGGCGGGGAGAAGGAGGAGCCGGAGAAGCUGGGGGACAUCUGCGCCUCGCUGCGCUACGUGCCCACCGCCGGGAAGCUCACCGUCUGCAUCCUGGAGGCAAAGAACCUGAAGAAGAUGGACGUGGGCGGCCUCUCAGACCCCUACGUGAAGAUUCACCUGAUGCAGAACGGCAAGAGGCUCAAGAAGAAGAAGACGACGGUGAAGAAGAAAACGCUGAACCCGUACUUCAACGAGUCCUUCAGCUUCGAGAUCCCCUUUGAGCAGAUUCAGAAGGUGCAGGUGGUGGUCACCGUGCUGGACUAUGACAAGCUGGGCAAGAACGAGGCCAUCGGGAAGAUCUUUGUGGGCAGCAACGCCACAGGCACGGAGCUGCGGCACUGGUCCGACAUGCUGGCCAACCCCCGCCGGCCCAUCGCGCAGUGGCACUCGCUCAAGCCCGAGGAGGAGGUGGACGCGCUGCUGGGCAAGAGCAAGUAG